CUUCCUUUCAGCUUCAGGCAUUCAAAUUGCUCCUCUGCCUCUGUCAGAUGAUCCCCUUCGCUGAUCUUCUUUCUGUAGUGAUUUGUCAUCUUAUGGUAUUACUUCUUAGACACUGGACAGCUAGACUUAAUCAGGCACACCUAGUGCAUUUCCUCCACUCUAUUUUUUUCAGCUAUCUCUUCCAUGGUAGCAUCCAAUUCAACAAGAAAAAGAAAGAAAGACUGCUCUAAAUAAAGGUUCAAAAAAGGGACAGUAAAAAUGAUCAUCCUUCCUUUCUUGUAAGAAGAUUAAUAUAUAUCCUGCUCUACUAAAGUUUUCCAUCAGCAGAACAAUCCAGAGAAAAGGGCUGCUACCUUGAUUUGGAAAAUCUGAAGACAAGAGACAGCGUAUUUUAUUCCAGGCUUCUGAUAAUUACAUAGCAGAUGAUCCAUCCAGUAAAACUAGCAGAAUUUCCAAGAAUGAGUAAGAUGCACAGAGUUGCAGCUUUGCACAGCAAGGAAAAAGGUUUAUGACACAUUCUGUCUUUGGUCCGGCACAAAAUGAACUUUUUUGACAAGAAGGAUAUUGAUGGUGUAUUAUAUGAACUGCUCAGGUCUCCAUGGCUGCAGGCUCUUCUAAAGGUGUAUGAAUGCCUUCAUCAGUAUAUCAAGAGAAGACCUGUCCCAUUCAUGUCCCAGGCACAAGAAUUGAUGCAUGAGGUAGUGGAGUUGCUGCAUAGAGGACAACAAUCUCCAGAAAUUAAAGAGCUAAGACGACUUCUACAAGGUCCUCACUUCAAGGCCUUGUUAUUAGCUCAUGAUACUGUGGCCCAGAAGGAUUUUGAACCUAUGCUUCCACCCUUGACAGAAAACCUCCCUGAAAAUGAAGAGGCUAUGAGGAUUGUCUGUCUGGUGAAAAACAAUCAACCUCUUGGUGCCACCAUUAAACGCCAUGAGCUGACAGGUGAUAUUACAAUAGCAAGAGUAAUCCAUGGAGGUCUGGCAGAUAAAAGUGGGUUGUUAUAUGCUGGAGACAAACUUGUAGAGGUGAAUAGAAUCCCCGUGGAGGGCCUGGAACCCGAGCAAGUCAUACACAUUCUGACUCUGUCCCAAAGCACCAUCAUGUUCAAGCUGAUUCCAGGUUCUGAUCGAAUCAUCAGUAAUCAAACAACACUCUAUGUGCGUGCAAUGCGGGAUUACUGCCCUCGUCAGGAUCCUCUCAUUCCAUGUGUUGAUGCAGGAUUGCCAUUUAAAAAAGGAGAGAUUCUUCAGAUUGUAGACCAAAAGGACAUCCUGUGGUGGCAGGCAAGGAAAGUCUCCAACCUCAAAGCCUGUGCUGGACUCAUCCCUUCCAAUCAUCUUCUGAAGAGGAAACAGCGAGAAUUCUGGUGGACUCAGCCCUUCCAUCUCCACACUUGCGUCAAAUCAAUCUUGAAUUUUGUGGAAGAUGACAUGCAGAUUGAUGAGAAGUGUGUAGAAACAGAUGAGGAGAUUUUUGAAUCUGAGGAACUUAAAGAAGAAGAGGAAGAAUUCAUUGGAUCUGGUCAGCCAGUGUUCAUUACUGGGUUCCGGAGAAGUAUGCGUCUAUGCCGUAGGAAAUGCAACUACAGUCACCUGACAUGUCAGGCACAUUGUCUCAACAGCAACAGUUGCUACGGUGCUCUGGCAGCACCUUAUGAAGAAGUGAUGAGAUACCAAAGACAACCUGGUGAUCGAAACAGAUUAAUUGUACUAAUAGGUCCUUCAGGUGUUGGAGUGAAUGAACUACGGAGACAACUUAUUGGUAUAAAUCCUCACCUGUUUCGAAAUGCAGUGCCACAUACAACCCGUGCUCAAAAGAGCUAUGAAGAGAAUGGUCGAGAAUAUCAUUAUGUACCAAAAGAAACAUUUGAAAAUAUGGUGUACAAUUACAGAAUGUUGGAGUAUGGAGAGUACAAGGGACACCUCUAUGGGACAAGUAUGGAUGCAGUACAUGCGGUGCUUGAUGAAGGGAAGAUCUGCAUAAUGGAUUUAGAACCUUACAAUAUUCAGUUUGUUCGUACUCUUGAACUGAAACCCUACAUUAUAUUUAUUAAACCACCAAGUGUGAGCUGCAUGAAGCACACUCGGAAAAAUGCUAGGAUAAUCACUGACUAUUAUGUGAACAUGAAAUUUAAGGAAGAAGACCUGCAGGAAAUGGAAGAGUCAGCUAAAAAAAUGGAAACUCAGUUUGGCCAAUUCUUUGAUCAAGUGAUUGUGAAUGACAAUUUACAGGAAACUUGUCUGCAGCUAGUCUCUGCCGUGCACCAAGCCCAGAAUGAACCACAGUGGGUUCCAGCCACAUGGAUAUGCCCAAGCUCUCAGGACUAGCCUGUUUCAUGGGAUGAUAGUGUGUGCAAAAUCCAGCAUUCUGGGGAAGAUCAGCCCAGCCAUUGUGGGGAGGAACACUACUUUUCUGGCAAUAAAUGUUUUGGAACUUUCAUUGGGUUUUAAGGCUGGGGUUUCAGGAGAUAUAAACAUAUUUCAUUUCAGGGAAUUUGGAGAACAUAAACAAAAGAUAUUACAAGGUACAAGUCUAUUGGCUGCAUUUGCCUGUCACUUAAGCUAGGCUAUAUUAAUUUUUUAAAAGAAUAACUUUAUGGAGGAACCCAUUUGUGGGAAUAGGCCAGAUAUUAAAAUGGUAGGAUCAUUUCCUUCCUUCCUUUCCAUCCAGGACAGACACUCCAGGGAACGUUAAUGCAAGCCUGCCUGCAGAAAACCUUAAAAAGCUAAGAACUAGAUCUCCCCUGAUUAAACUAUGAACAGAGCAACAUAGCUUAAUUCCUUCCCAAUUCAUCGAGGCAGGCAAAUAAAGAGAUUCAUAUAUUCCAAACCAGGAUUAUGAUUCAUUAUGCCCCCAAGGAGCCAAGAUUUAUAAACCAGCAUUAAUUCUUGGUUAAUAUUGUCAUAAUACACGAUUUACUGUGUCAUAAAUGCAGCCACACUUAUGGGCAAUUUUCAGCAUUAUAUAUUAAGUAAUUCUGAAACAGAAAUACCAUUCUAAUGACAUAAUCAGAGAUUAUAUAAUUGUUUAAAAAUAUGUAAUUUUUGAUAUUUUUUCCUUCUUAAGCAUAGGAGAGAAUUGCAGCAGUUUUUGACCUAUUUUUUAUUUAUAGCACAUUCCUCCAACAAGAAUGAAAUCUGGGUUCUUUUUAGCUUUCACUGAACAGCAUAUUUCUAGCAGCAAAGUAGUAUCAUAAUUACUGUGAUAUUCUUUAAAUUUUCUCCCUCUACCUUUGAUAGCAAAAGGCACCAUUUUUAAAAAGAUUUGAAGUGCAGAUUACUGCACCUUGUCCUUUAAAUGUCAGGAAAAGUGUGUUAAUUCAAGUAGGAGAUCUGUGUUUAAAAUUAAUAUAAUUAUAAUUAACUUUAUAUUAUGAAGGGUGAAGUUUUGGGAACAUGUAACUUCUCAAAUUCAAUCUAUAAUUAGGGCUUCAAACUUGAUUUAUUACACCACAUUGUUUAAGACAUAUAGUGAUUGUCAGUAAACCAUUGACCCUUAGUGACAAAACACUAAAAUAUUAGCUAUAUUUAAUUUCUUAUACAUUUUUAAUGGACUGUUAAUAUCGUUUUGGUAAUUUGCUUCAUUUUGUUGUAUUAGUUUUAAGUAAACCCCCAAACCUAAAAGCAACAUAUAAAGAAAACGUAAAUAAUGUCAAUCAGAAGAUUUAAAACAUCUUGAAAACUCUUAAAAGAUGGCUGUUCAACAAGUCUUGGGGAUCAAUAUCAACUCUGCCUGCCAUCUUAGAUUUUAUAUGUUUUUUAAUGAGUAUUAUGAUGUGGCUUUAUUGCUUUUAUUUUUGUAGGUUUAGGAACUGCCUAGAAAUGUCAAUCCUGAUAAUACACUAGUAAUGGAAAAUAAAUGAAAAAUAAACAAGUGCUUUAGUCUG